CUCCACGCUGCUUUCCUUCUCGACAUCUGACUGUCGACAUCCUCAUUUCCCCAUCAGCUUCUGAGCUUCCUCUCAUCUGUUGUAACGUCUAUCUCGCAUUUCAAGGAUUCGGGACGACAUGGGCAUCUACGAGUGCGACUCAUGCACCCGCUGCUUCGAGUCUUGGAAGGCUUGUCAACAGCACAUGAAUGCUUUGGGUCACUGGAGAUGGCCUCACGAAUGCGACACCUGUUACAGCCGCUUCAGUACCCUAAGAGGAUCGGUAGACCACAUGAACAAGAAGGAUCACUGGUCCUGCCCUUACGAUUGUGAGACUUGCGACUUGGCAUUCCGCACCGAAGACGCUCGCGACAGACACCAGAAUGAUGAAGGCCACUACAAGGAUCUCCACUGCUCUGACUGCGACCGCUACUUCCGCCACGCCAACAACCUCGCUCAGCACAUGAACUCUCGCGUCCAUCGAGGCAGCACCAUCGCCUGCCCCUUCUGUCAAACCACCCUCACCACGGCUUCCGGCGUUAUUCACCAUGUGGAGACUUCAGCUUGCCCUAAAGCUAGAAACCUGGACCGCAAUGUCAUUCAUCGUGGUCUACGCCAACUCGACCACGAUGGCAACUUCACAGAGCGCCUCCUCGAAUGGCACGACGGCAACUCCAUCAACGCAACCUGGAAUCCCAAUCGCGCUUACAAUGGUUCUGGCUAUGAGUGCUACAUCUGCCACCGCGAAUUCUGCAGCACCAGAGCUUUGGAGCAGCAUCUUCGCAGCCCCGUUCAUCAAGCUCCUCUGUAUCACUGCCCCAACAAGAAUGGAAAGUGCACUCGCCGCUUCCCAACUCUGGCUGCCCUCUUCAACCAUUUCGAGAGCGAGAGCUGUGGCUACACCAAGUUUGAAACCGUUCAGAAGAACGUCGGUGGUUUCUUGACCGGAGGUGGCCAGAGGUUGAUUCAGUUCUGAAGAACCUAAGUUUGUGCUAUUUUGCAGGAGUUUAUUGCUAUUGGAUUUGGAGGGACUGAAACUUUACGAAAAAAUGACUCAUGAUUACGAUACACGAUGGUCUUUUGGGAUUGCAUGAUGAGGCGUUAUGAUUAGAUUGAGAUCUUGAAUCAUUGGAAGCGCACAGUGCUGGCACAGGUUUCGCUAUGGACGACAUUGAGAGGAUUCCAACGUCUGAUAGGAAACAGCAGCAGAAUUUCAUGAUCCUUCCCUUCGCGAUCGAGUCGCGAAGUAUGCUAGGAAAAAAGCAUAAUGUCAUGAGGAUGGAGGCACUGUCAUUAGUAAAUGACGGUAAAAAUGGGACUCUCAUUGGACAUUGGAACUGGACGGUAGAUAGACCGUGCCUUAUGACCUGUAUCUAAGCAUUGAGAUAGAAGCGAAAGAUACUUCGUUUUUGGAUAUACAACCGUACUAGGAUGGUGCCGC